CUCCCAGGGGGGGUGGAGAGAGAGACAAAGAGAGAGAGAGACGGUGGCCACUGAUGGUUUUCGGAAAGGUGAAUUAACUCGGCAGUGAGGCGUGAUAAAGAGAAUUAGCAGCAGCGUAAAGGAGUACGAAGAAUCACACGGACACACUCCGACACACACCGACACACCACCGACACACACUCCGUCAGGCAUGGAGGAGGGAGACGCGCACAUGGAGGAGCUGGUGGACCCGGGCCUGGGGAUGGAGGAGACGGCCCACGGCCUGCAGAGGAGGCCCUCGCUGAAGGAGAGCUACCACAGCGACUCCAUGCUGGCGCCCGACACCGACUUCAUGACAGACGGCUGCAGCUCGGUGGCCAGCGGGCUGGACGUGGGCGACCGGCUGACGUACCUGGAGCAGAGGAUGCAGAUGCAGGAAGACGAGAUCCAGCUGCUGAGGAUGGCGCUGGCCGACGUCCUGAAGAGGCUCAGCGUCUCCGAGGAGCGCCGGGCGGCGGCGGCCUCCACGGGCCGGAGGCCAUCGGGCUCCAGAGCCAGGCCCCUGUCUCUCGCUCUGCCCUCCAGGCCGCCCACGAUGACCUCCAGCGCCGCCUCCCUGAAGAAGAGCUCCACGCUGUGCUCCAGCCCCAUCGCCCGGAACUACAGUCCAACACCAUCGCGCAGUGGUGUGAUGAGCCCACCAGGCAGUGUGAAGGACAGCCCAUGUAAGACCCCCCAGAGACCUCCCUCUGCCGCCUCCACCUGCAGGAAGCCUGCGGAGAGUAAGGCCAGGGAGGCUCCAGCUGGUGUCGAGACGCGACAGGUGAUGCACUGCAAAGUGACCAUGCAGAUCUACCUGAGCCCCCUCUCAAGAAAGACUGGGUCUUCUGAGGCCGCCAGAUCCGAGGCGGGGGGGUCGGUGGUGCCGGCGAAUGGCGGCGGCGGCGGGGGCGGGCGGCCCGCGGGCGCGCCCAACCGUCCCCAGGGGAAGGGCGGCGGCAAGCCGGAGGCGAAGAAGAAGACGACGACGACGACCCCGUCCUUCACCUUGAACCUGCAGAAAACCACCACCAGCCGGAGCUCAGCGCACGACACACACACACACACACACACACACGGAUACAAGAGCCUCCUGAAGGCGCCCAGCCAGUACUUUCAGAUUUGUUACUGAGGCCCAGAAAAAUCUGCAAAAUUAUUAAGUUUACUGACCUAAUAAAAAAAUGCUAAAAGCCUCAAUCAACCACAAAAGAAUCCUCCAAUGUUCCCUCUGUUAUCAUCCUGACUGUGUCGCUUUGUUUAAGUGUAAAAUGAGCAUUUUAAACUGUCACGAGAACUGUGGACAGGGUUUUAAGGCAUGAUUAUUUAUUUUAAGGGUAGUACAGCAUGAAAGAUGAAAUGCUCGUCUUCAUCUUCUGAUUCCUCGUUAGUCAUAGAUCCAUUUCUCACAUUGUGCUAUAGUACCUGUGUAUAGUUCCCUCUGACUGUUUCCUGUAGCUCUCUCUCUCUCUCCCUCCGUGUGUGUGAAGGUGUGUCGUCGUCUUUGGAGCAUCGGCCGUGUUUGAUGUGUGUGAGCGUGAUGUGAUGUUUGUAGACGGUUCGGUCCAGUUAAAGCGUAACGAAAACAGGAAGAACAAUUAAAAAAAUAUGAUGACUAA